AUGACCAAAUUCCUGGGUCUUCGAGGCAACCGCCUCAAUUUGGUGGCUUUGUUCGGCGUGAUGAUGCCCUCAAUUGUGUCUCUGGGCUACAAUCAAUCCCUGCUUGGAGGGGUUUUGACACUACAGGCUUUUGAAGAUCAAUUCCCAGAAAUCAGCGUGGUCGACGCUACACCGCAAGAAAAGAGUCGCACUUCGACCAUUCAAGGUACCGUGGUGGCCCUCUACGCGGUAGGUGGUCUUUUCGGUGCUAUCAGCUGCAUUGGCUUAGGCGAUUUGUUCGGUCGUCGUCGAGUGAUCAUGAUCGCUUCGGUGAUUCAACUGAUCGGGGCCAUCUUGACCACGAGCGCGUUCGCGUUCGCACACCUCAUUGUGUCUCGCCUCAUCCUCGGCCUGGGCACCGGUGGCUUGAUGGCCACCGCGCCUGUCUGGCUGUCCGAACUUUCAUCGACCGAAAGACGCGGAAUGAACGUGUCGAGCUCGGGGUUGUUUGCGGGCCUGGGGGCCACGAUCGCUCUCUUCGUGGACUUUGGUAUGUCCUUCGCACCUGGAAGUGUGGGCUGGCGCUUUCCGGCCGCGGUCCCUGUGUUGCUGUCACUGAUUAUUCUGGGGUUCAUCUAUUUCUUACCAGAGUCUCCUCGGUGGUUGAUUCGCAAGGAUCGCAUCGCGGAAGCUCGUGAAAUCCUGACAGCUCUGGAUGGUAUGAGCAUCGGCAAUGGGAAAAUUGAGGGCGAGAUCCAAGAGCUGGUCAUUCUGGCGAUUGUGCUGAAAGUGUAG